AUGGCAAACGCGUCCCCGCCCACACGGCAUGCAUUGUCGUGGCUGACAGAUGCGAACUACUUCAGCAUACCUGCAUGGUACCCGGCAUACUUUCUUACCAGUCAACUACGUGCUCUGCCCUACCCGGAAACCGAGUAUCAUGGGAAAACAGUAAUCGUGACCGGCGCUAAUGUGGGUCUCGGCCGGGAAGCCGCGCGUCACUUCUGCCGUCUGGGGGCAUCUAAGGUUGUCUUGGCCUGUCGCGACCUCGAGAAAGGCAAAACCGCCGCGGCCGAUAUCGAAGCGUCUACAUCAACACAUGGCGUCGUUGACGUCUGGCAGGUCGACCUCGGCAGCUUCGAGAGCGUCAAGCAUUUCUGCCGCCGCGCGGAGACCGAGCUGGACCGACUGGAUGUCCUUGUCGAGAAUGCCGGCUUGGCAAUCGGGACCUACGUUGAGUGUGACGGAGGCUUCGAGAGCAGCAUAGCUGUCAAUGUCGUAUCGACUUUCUUGAUGGCCCUGCUUCUGCUGCCUGCCCUGAGGAGGACUGCAGCAAGGCACAAUGUCGAGCCGAGACUAGUGGUGGUGUCCUCCGAUGCUCACUUCUUCGCAAAGUUCUCCGAGCGGCAUCAGCCCAAAAUCUUUGAGGCUUUCAAAGGAAAGGAGAACAUGAACGAAGACCGAUACAAUACAUCAAAGCUCUUGGAGGUAUUCAUCGUUAGGCAGCUCGCUUCCGAGAUGGCGUCCAAUGAUCCUGUCAUUGUAAACGCUCUCAGCCCAGGCUUUUGCAAUUCAACUAUUUUCCGUCAUGCACCCUGGCUUCUGCAGGGUGUGCUCCAAGUUGCCGUACGACUAAUAGGAAGGACGUCAGAAAUGGGGUCUCGAACUUUGAUGUCUGCAGCAGCUGCUAGCAGGGAGACACACGGUCGAUACAUGGACAACUGUAUACUCCGAGAUCCAAGUAAAUUCGUACUGAGUGAGGAGGGAGCGCAAGUUCAGGAGCGAGUUUACAAGGAGCUGAUGGAAGUGUUGGAAGGCAUUCAGCCAGGCAUCACUAAGAACAUCCGAGCUUGA